UGUCAGAAAUGUCAAUGCUGGCAGUUCAGCUGUCACGUUUGGCCUUCAACGUUCACCGUUCGCUGAAUCCUGUAGUGAUUUUUGGACAUGUUUGUAAUGUGAGUUGAGUGAGACUACGACGGGAGGCGGCGGACGGUGAGGGACUGGCGAGGCCGCCGCGGCAGCAUGACUUCGCGCGGCAAGAGCACCGUGCGCGGCUUCGAGACCGAAAUCGAGAAGAGCCGCGAGGAGGCCAACUGGAAGAAGGCCAUCGAGCUCGCGCUGCAGCUCAAGCAGCGCUCUCCGCAGCAUGAGAGCCUGGCCCACUUCCUGAUCGGCGAGGGCAAGUUGGAGGCGUACCUGGAGGCGGAGCCGGUGCGCGGCGCGGAGACGGCGGCGCGGGCGGCGCACGAGCUGGCGGAGGCGCGCGGCUUCCUGGCCAGCGCCACCGACGACGCGGGCAAGCGCGCCGGCGUGGCGCUGGACGCGCACCUGCUGCUGGGCAAGCUGCACUACGCCGCCGGCGCGCCCGCCGACGCGCUCGACCACUUCGCGCGCGCCGAGCUCAACACGCUCACUGAGAAAGACUUACCCGUCCGCAGCCUGCGCAUCGUGGCGGAGUCGUUCGCGAUUAAGGGGCUGUGCCUGGAGGCGCUGGCGGGCGGCGGGGGCGGCGGGUCCCGCUACAAGCAGGCGGAGCGCGAGGCGGAGGUGGUGCGCGCCUUCGAGCUGGCGGCCGACCUGACGCUGCUGUACCUGCAGCGCACGGGCGCGGCGGCGGGGCCCGUGCUGGACGCGGCGCUGCUGCGGGCGCCGGCGCUGCUGGUGCGCGGCGCGCGGCUGGGCGCGGCCGUGGCGCGCCAGCGAGACAUGCUGGCGGCCGUGGAGUGCGCGGCGUCGGCGCCGCUGCGGCUCACGCUGGCGCGCCAGCUGGCCGAGCUGCUGCUGCGGGCCGCCACGGGCCCGCUGUACGAGCCGCCCGCGCCCGCGCCGCCGCCCGGGCCCUGGCGGCCCCGCAGGUACGCGGCCAUCAACCAGUUCGUGCCGCGCGACGAGCACGAGGAGGCGCUGCUGGUGCUGCUGGUGGGCGAGGCGCUGGCGGUGCGCGACGCCGUGCUGUCGCAGAGCGCCGAGUUCGCGGCGGCGCGGGACCUGUCGCUGCACAACGCCGUGACGGUGGUGGACCUGGUGGCGCUGCUGGCGGCGCGCUGGGGGCAGCUGUGCCUGGUGCUGGAGUCGCUGGAGCGCGCCAUGAAGUUCUCCUUCGGCUGCCAGCACGUGUGGCGCCAGCGGGCGCUGGCCACGGCCGCGGCCGCGCCGCGCCCGCCGCAGCCGCCGCCGCAGCCAGGCGGCGCGGGCUGGGCGGGCAGCGUGCGCGCGGCCGGCGUGCUGCGGCGCGCGCUGGCGCUGGCGCCGCGGGACGCGCCGCUGGCGCUCGUGGCCGCGCACACCGCCUACAACAUGGGCUGGAUCGAGGAGGGCAUCGAGCUAGCGGAGCGCGGCGUGGCGGCGGCGGAGGAGGGCGAGGCGGAGCCCCCCAUGCUGGCGCGGGCCUGCCUCGCCGCCGCCAUGGGGCACCAGCAGCUGGCGCAGAAGACGAGCUGCCGGCUGGAGAAGGAGGCGGCGCGGGCGGCGGCGCUGCGGCUGCUGCUGCGGGCCGUGCGGCUGGACGACAACGACCACGUGGCGCUGUACCAGCUGGCGCUGCACUACACGCGCGCGGGCCAGCUCAACGACGCCAUGGACGCCUGCCGCGCCGGGCUGCGCGCGCGCGCCGACUGCGCCGGCGGGCUGCGCCUGGCCGCCGCGCUGUGGAGCUGCGCCUGCGCAGGCCGGCGCGGCGCGCGCGCGCUGGCCGCGGCGCGGCUGGCGCGCGACCACUACCCGCGGGCCGCCUGGCCGCUGGCCGCGCUGGCCGCGCUGCAGCUGCGCUGGGAGGCGGCGCCCGCCGCGCUGGACAGCGGCCGGCGGCUGCUGGCGCUGCUGCACGCGCCGCCCGAGCGCCUGGACGCGCGCUCCGACUCGGCCGCGUCGCCGUCGCGGGCGCUGUCGGAGGCGGCGUCGUCGGCGGCCGGGCCGGCGGGCGGCGGCGCGGCGGGCGCGGCGCGCGCGGCCGCGUGGCUCACGCUGGCCGAGCUGUGCGGCGCGCUGGGCCGCGCGGCCGCGGCGGCGGGCUGCGUGGCCGAGGCGGCGGCGCUGGCGCCGGCCGACGCGCGCGUGCUGCGGGCGCGCGGCCAGCUGGCGGCCGCGGCCCGCGACUGGCCCGCCGCGCGCCUCGCCUUCCAGGACGCGCUGGCGCUGCAGCCCACCGACGUCGACACGCUCGUGCAGCUCGGCGCGGCGUUCUACAACCUGGGCUGGCUGCGGCUGGCGGAGAAGACGCUGCGCGACGCGGCGGCGCUGCAGCCGCGGCGGGCCGACACGUGGCGGCGGCUGGCGCUGGUGCUGGCGGCCGCCGGGGAGCCCGCCGCCGCCGCCGACUGCGCCGCCGCCGCCAUCGCGCUGCAGCCGCUGGAGCCCGCGCUGCCGCUGCCCGCGUGAUGCCGCGCCGUGGACGACUACGAGUCCACUCCGCCGCCACCACACUCCUCUUUCCGUUUCACUUAUCUAUGACAAGUGACGUCCCUUAACCCGACACGUCACUAUGCUGACUAGUAAUGGCACUAAAACAAAUUGUCUGUUCAAUUCAAGCCUGAUAUCGCAGCUCGAACAAUCAUGAGAUGCUGCUGUGAAACUAGUGUAUGAUUAUUAUAAUUAUCAUCAACUCAAAGCCUUGGAAUUGUUAUAGAGGUCGUUACAGUGGCGUUGUAACUGUAAUAAUUGUAUCACACCUCAUACCAAACUAGCCUAGUAUCGAUGCCAACACUAAACUUAAUAGGCGGUCUUACUGUUUAGAUGCGUUUUAUUUGAUAUUAUAGUGAGUUUUGUAUGAGAAGCAGCAAAUUAUAGUAGCUGCCAGUAUGUUUGACGUGUGACCACAUUGUGACUGCGAAGUAGACGCGAGCCUCACGUCGUUGUCUCGUUAGGUCUAUAAAUGUAGGUGUUAUCUCGUAUUGAGAACGUCCGUGCCGUAACUGAUUUAUAAUAUUGUCAUAUUAAAUAAAAUAUAAAGUUAUCCGUGUGGGCAUAGGAUGUCUCCAAACAUAACGAUUACCGACCAUUUACAUCUCGUAUGUCAAUUCCGUAAUGUAUAGUGAUAAAAUUAUCGAUCGAGUCAAUAAAUUUUGUCGAAAUCGAGAAGUUUGUAAUCAAAAAUUUUAUAUCCUUCGUUAAGCCUGGAGAUACCCUUACCGAAGUAUGAAGAAUCAUUAUCUUGUCGUGUAUUGUGCCUAGUAGGCUCGUUACGUGUUCCCUGUGCUCGAGAAUGUUUACUCAAUAAGACGAAUAAUAAUAAUUAUAAUAUAGUAGUUACGUAAGCUGGUGUGGUGUGGUGGUAGAGGGUUCCUUCAGUUGUAUUGAGGGGGAGGGGUGUACUGUGUAGCAAUAACAUG